GAGAGGCGGUAUCGUACGCAACAACACACUGGCCUCAGCACCUCGACGGGAAGGUAUCCAAAUUUAAAGAAAGGAAAUCUACAAAUUAUGUUUAGUGGUGUGAACAUCAAACCUUCUGCUAAUGAAAGUGAACGUCAAACCAACAUAAGGAAAGCCUCUGUGCUGAAACAUGAAGAAAAAAAUCCCUGCAUUAAGGAGCACGAGCAGUCUUACAAAUGCUUAGAUGAAAACAAUUAUAACAGGGACAUUUGUGCAGGCUACUUUGAGAACUACAAAAAAUGCAAAGAAUUUUGGAGUAAUUUGAGAGUGGAGCGGAGGAGGCAGGGCAUCGAACCCAACUUGCCACCCCCAGAGGAACGGGAAAGGAUCAAAAAGGAGUACUUGGAGCAGAUAAAAGCCAAACGACAAGCUAAUUAGCAAAGAUAAUCACAAGACAGUAUGAAAACUGAUUUUCUCCUUACAAGCUAUCUGCAAAAAAUGCUUAUAAGUUUAAAGUUGAUAAUGUAUAUAGUCAUCAUAUAAUGGAGUCAUGUGACAGUUCAUCACAAUUUUUUUAUGAGUAUGAAAUGGAGAUUGUAGAUGUGCAAAUAAUAACUUUAUAGUGUAAUUAAA